UUUACUUUUUUUAGUUCAAAGUUUAAAAAUAUUAAGCAAAAACAGAUUUGUUUCCUAUGAUUAGUAGAUUAAUUAUUGUUUACACGUUACUCGUUAAAGCUGUCAGUUUGGAAGCAAAUCAUUAUUACCUUUCUUCCAAUGGUGCCUCUUAGCCAAACUGGCAACUGGCAAUACAGUUGAUACUGUUUCCAUGUUACACUUCUGCACGUAUGUAUUUGGGUCCUUCUGAAAUCCUGGCCAGGAGUAUUGGCCGCGUCGAAGCACUAAUCUAAGGAUAUCCUUGUGCCUCUGGAGAGCACACUGACCGAAUAGGAAUGGCUUUUAAGGAUCGGCAACGUGAAUUUCGGCCGCGUGCCGUGCUUGGAGUGUCCGUGUGGUUAUAGCUGGCCUAAAUACGGUUACGUUUUGGGUAGUGUCCAAAAAAAAGACAACAUUUUACUGCGUUGAAAAAGAAGAGUACGAGGACAUUGUACAGGUGGUUCAAAGAUUCCGAGGAACAGCCGGAAUCAUGACCGGUUGUUGUCUUUUUUUUACAACCUUAUCCACCCACAAUCACAACAACUCUAGUACACAUUGUUCGAUAUAAACCAAUGCCUUGCCCUGCAUAAAUUUACUCGUACCUUAUAUUGAAUUUACCUUAUUUUGUUUACUCGUGCCGGAACUUCCAGCGCUGAACCCAAUUAUAUAGUUUUUAUAGUGCGGUUAUUCCCCAAAAUCUUCAUUCUUACGGUCCUUAAUCCGUAUUACCGGUACAAAGUCCAGAUUUUUACUGUUACUUUAUUGUAACCCGCACGCAUAUGUGUGCUGUUCGUUUUCCGUUACAACGCGCUGAUUCGACGCGUAAAUGGCAAAGGAAAAUACAUCCGAGCAAACUUGAUUUCAGAAUUUCAGCCAAGCUGUAUCUACUUUUUAUUUUGUAUUUGUUAGUUAAAAUUUUAAAACACUACCGCUCUCUAUAAGUCUUAAUUUUUACUAAUUAAUUGAAAUAUAAGCUACUUUAUAUUUUUUCUUUACGUGUGUAUAUAUUUUAGCUUUAUCUUCGUAAUUCGAAUGAAAUGGGUAAUUGCUUAAAAAUAAGAACUUCAGAUGACAUUUCACUUUUACGCGGCAAUGACAGUACUUAUGGACAAAUCAGCGUGGCACAGCCAAUGUACCAUCAGGGCGAGCAUUAUCAACGAGAAUUUUACCCUUCCACGUCGGCUCCGGCAACGCGUACGCCAUCUUCUAAUAUUCGUCAACUUUCCGAUGAAAAUCAAGUCAAAAUUGCAAAGCGUAUUGGAUUAAUGCAGUACUUGCCGAUAGGAACAUACGACGGGUGCUCGAAAAAAGAACGAGAAUGUGUUAUUUGCAUGGCUGAAUUUUGUAUUAAUGACGCUGUACGUUAUCUUCCUUGCAUGCAUAUUUAUCAUGUUAAUUGUAUAGAUGAUUGGUUAUUGAGAAGUCUUACUUGUCCCAGUUGCUUAGAGCCUGUUGACGCUGCUUUACUGACGAGUUAUGAUUCGACAUAGCGUUAUAAAAACAAUAAUUUUGUCUCUGUAAUUUGUUUUGGGAUAACAAAAUUAAGCUUACCAGGUAUAAAUUAUUAUUUUAUUUAAAUUAAAUUCAUUAAUAUAUUAAUUUGUUAUUGCUUUAUUAUUGAAACGUGUUAUAAUAUUUAAUUUGUUUUAAACUAAAAUAAAAUUAUCCACAAUUGCAAGCUCAAGAAUUUAAACGCUAAA